AUGCAUCGCACUUAUUCGAUGCGUCAGACCCGGCUGCCUACGGCAUCUCAACUCCAAAACCCGCCGCCGCCCCCGGCAAGUACGAAGAGUGGGCGCUUCUUUGGAAAGAGCGGACUCGGUCAUGUGCUGCGCCGGCAGGCCGCCGGACAAUUCGGACCAGAUCUAGCCAAGAAGCUGGCGCAGCUGGUUAAGAUGGAGAAGAAUGUCAUGCGCAGCAUGGAGUUGGUGGCGCACGAGCGCAUGGAUGUGGCGCAACAAAUUUCGAUAUGGGGUGAGGCCUGUGAUGAGGAUGUUUCGGACGUAACAGAUAAAAUCGGCGUCUUGAUCUACGAAAUUGGCGAGCUUGAAGACCAGUACCUUGAUCGCUAUGAUCAGUAUCGAGUUACCAUAAAGUCUAUUCGUAAUAUUGAAGCUUCAGUUCAACCGAGCCGUGAUCGCAAGCAAAAGCUCUUGGAUCAAAUCUCUCAGCUCAAAUACAAAGAGCCCAACUCUUCCAAGAUUAUCGUGCUCGAGCAGGAGCUCGUACGAGCCGAAGCUGAAUCACUUGUGGCAGAAGCUCAACUGUCAAAUAUUACACGGGAAAAGCUGAAGGCUGCCUUCAACUACCAAUUCGAUGCUCUCCGCGAACACUGUGAAAAAGUGGCCAUCAUUGCCGGCUAUGGAAAGCAUCUAUUGGAACUUAUUGAUGAAUCCCCCGUGACUCCAGGCGAAACGCGUGUUUCUUACGAUGGCUACGAAGCAUCGAAAGCUAUUGUACAGGACUGUGAAGAUGCUCUAACUAACUGGAUCGAAGCCAAAGCCAAGGUAGAUGUUAAUCUUUCAACACGGUCCCGUGCCUUGUCCCAAAGACGCCGCAACACGGUCCUCCGUAAUGCCGAACGACAUGACUUGACCAGCCAAGAUUCCCCGCUUGACCAUGAAUCAUGGGACCCCUCGAGUUUCGGUCACCGAGUUGGAGAGGAAGAGGUUGGUGUAGAGGAAGAGGAAGAGCGUGAGGGAGAAGGGAACAUGGCUGGGGAUUUACGCAAUAUCAAUAUGAUUCAUCAAGGCAGUCAUGAUAGGCAGGAAGUUUUAUCUAUCUAA